ACACGCAAUCGCAUUACCUGCGGCGUGUGUAAGGAAAAGAGUAAAUCAGUGUGACAUUUUGUGAGGCCUAGAAACUCAGACUUAGCCUAGUAGAUUUUUUUGGGAAAAAAUAUCGACUUUAAUCUACCAGACUGUUAGAAAAAUUACACCUUAAUUCUAAGUACGGACCCAGAGAGAGUGAGCUGCAUCAUCAUGGAUAAGGCACACAAGAAGACUCUACAAAAGAAUCGAGUUCAGUUGAUGGAGGAGAUGAAAGCUGAGGAGGUUCUCCCACACCUUGUUGCUCGCCAGAUCUUCACACCUACGGAGCAAGAACACUUUGAGGAAAUGAAAGGACCGUCUAGUCGAAACACAGCAAUACUAAACGAUAUAGUUCGUAAAGGACCGAAAGCAUUUCAGGCCCUAGCUGAGGCACUUUUUGAAUCAAACUUGAGACAUUUGGCAGAACUCCUAAUACCAGACAUCACAGAAGAUAAAAUUCAUGACAUAAGCUGGUAUGAUUAUAGCAAUGAAAAGAAAACACCUGACAAACCACCAGUGCAGAUAAGCGUGACAGAAGGGGCCGGGGAUAAAAAGCUGCCAACUCAAGUCUCAGAGGAUGGUAAUGUAUCUUCUACUAAACAUGUACAACCCCAAAGUGGAAUUAAACCGAUGGAGUAUGGAACUUCACAACCUACUCAACCAGCCGAAUGGCCAGUAAAGACAGCAGAAGAGGUUUUAAAAAUGAAAGUCUCCAAAGGAAGUUAUUCCAGUGAUAUGACUGAUAAUUCACAGAACUAUCAAAUGAAAAGAAAGCCUAGGGGAAGAGCAUUGAUAGUCAACAACCGGGACUUCCGUUCAAUGCCGUUACGGACAGGAACUGAUGUUGAUGCUCGCCAACUGGAAUCAUUGUUUGAUAAUUUAGGAUUUUCUGUUGAAAGUAUAACAAAUAUGAAAUAUGAUGAUUUUAAUAUGAAAAUCAAUGACUAUAGCAAAAUGAAUCACUCGCAAUAUGACUGCUUCAUCUUUGCUGUGUUGACGCAUGGUAUCAACGGUGCUCUGUACACUGUGGAUGAGCGUCUGGUUCAGGUUGACGAUAUACUCAAGUGUUUCUCAGGAGAGGGCUGUCCAACUCUCACUGGGAAACCAAAAAUAUUUUUCAUCCAAGCAUGUCGUGGAGAAAUGUUUGAUCAAGGCGUUGAGGCUACAGAUAGUCCAGAUGGUUCGUCUGUUGACCCUUGCUUGCAAUCCUUGAAUAAGGUCGGCGAUGCAGAUAAUGGAAAUGAGCUUGUUGAAAAAAUGCUGAAGGUAGAAAUUGAAGUUGUUGAUGAACCGGAUGCGUGGGUUAAACAACAAUCGAAGUUACCAAGUCACAGCGACAUGUUGGUGGCGUAUGCAACUGUACCAGGUUAUGUGUCAUGGCGCAACUCGGAACGAGGUUCAUGGUUCGUGCAAGCUCUCACAGAAACCAUUAAAGAAUGUGCUCGUGAUGAAGAUUUAUUAUCAAUGAUGACAAUGGUAAACAACAAAGUGGCUCGAGCCUUUGAAUCUUCAUCCGGCCGUAACAAGCAGAUGCCAGCUCCUGUUACCAUGCUCACCAAGAAGCUCUUCUUCUUUCCGGGCUAUUAAGUGUCAUAAUGUGUCACAAUCUUUCCCCCCUCCCCCCAUUUUUCUUGUGGAGUUUGGUUUGGUUAUAAAAACAAUUCUGCAUGGAUUUAAUAUUACAAAAUAUUAUAGUGUAAUAAUAUUAUUAUUAUUGUUCUAGUCUAGUAGUUUCUUCAUGUAUUCAUUUAUUUGUCGUAUUUUGAGUUUCUAUAUUUUUAUAUUUCGUAAAGCAUUUUUAAUGAAGGUGCCAAAUUCAGUUAUUUUUAUCAAAAUUGCCUGUUAUUCACAAGGACUUUGUUUUUCAAAUGUAUACAAUUUUUAAUUUUUUUUUGUUUAUUGAGAAUCAGUUUAGAUGGAAGGUGACUUGUUAUAUGGUAGUAUCUUCAUAUUUGUAGACCCUUUUCCAUCAUUGAUUUCAGUGGACAUAAGGGACCCUCUUUAAUUAUGUUUAAAUUUAACAAAAAACAUUGAUUGCUUAAAAAAUUUUUCUAAAAAACCUUAUCCUAGACAAUCAGUAUUUAUAAAAAAUUUGACGAAAAUAAUUAAAAAGAACAUUGAAACAUAGACAAAGAAAGAGCUAAUGAGCAGCAUGUAAGGGAUCAUCUGUAUUCCCAGUGUACUCUAUAAACUGCGUGGUGGCAAUGGUCACAAAAUCAAGUGUCUUUAAAUUUACUUUAACCAUUGUCCUCAUGAAUUUGGACAAUUCGUUGCAGUAUUAUUUAAGAAAGUAAUUAAUUGUACUUCAUUGCUCUCAAAUGGUUUGAUACUUAUUAUUGUAUUAGUGUACUUCAUUUUAGUAGAACUUAAACCUUUGGUUAGUGGCCAUGAAUGUAAUCUAUUAACUAAACAUUUGGGGGGGGGG